UGAAGGCAAAAAAAAAAAAAAAAAAAAAAAUAGUAGCUGCUGAUUAAUGGUGGUGGAAAUAUUUCCCACACUUGCAUGUACCAGUUUAUCAACAAUUUUCACUUACGACAUCACAGUGUACCAACGAGCGUAGACAAGUGAAGGUGUACCCAAGUGUCGAGUAGUUUCAAUAGAUCAAAAAAAUAAAAUCCAAUUAGCUGAAAAUAAUAUAAAAUGAAGUUAAUAACAAGUUCAUUAAUACUAGUGAUAGGUAUUGUAAGUUUGGUUGACUGUGCUGGUCUUGGUGUCCAUUAUCAAUGGAAAUAUUUAGAUUGGGUCUGGCCAAAUGUGCCAUUAACUAAAAAAAAUUACAUACCUUUAAAUCCAAUAACCCAGGAUGUUGACAAGGAUACUAGUGGACGUGUUUUUGUAACAACACCCCAGUGGCUUGAGGGUACACCAAUAACACUAUCAUUAAUUAGUAAUCUUGAUGGUCCUGGGGGUCCACUGCUUACUCCCUAUCCACACUGGUCAUGGCAUACACCCAAUGAUUGCAGUAAACUUGUAUCUGUCUACAGAAUUGCGAUUGAUGAAUGCAACAGACUUUGGGUUGUUGAUACUGGUACAAUUGCUGGUAAAGUUGUAUGUCCAACAAAAAUUAUGAUAUUUGAUUUAUUUACUGAUCGUUUGAUGCAUCAAUAUAUCGUACCAUCUGAUCAAACAUUGUAUGGUGAAUCAUCAUUGGUAACACCAAUUGUUGAAAUUGUUGAUAAAUGUGAAAAUACAUAUUUAUAUAUUGCUGAUGUAUCUGGACAUGGUUUAGUUAUUUAUAAUUUACAACAAGAUAGAUCAUUCAGAAUUAAUAAUACACGUGGUAAUGCAUUUGGUCCAAAUAUUGAAGCUGAAAAUAUGACAAUUGCUGGUGAAACGUUUGAUCUAACUGAUGGUACACUUGGUAUGUCAUUGUCACCACCAGGAUUUUUUAAAAACAGAUAUUUGUACUUCAAUUCAUUGGCAAGUUUUUAUCAAAAAUUUUCAAGUGUUGAUAGUUUAAAAUUUGGUGAAUUUCAAGAGCCAAUUGUGUUUGAAUCAAUUGUCAAGAGACAAAGUCAAGCUGGUGUUCAGGCAAUGUCUAAGAAAGGUGUAUUAUUUUUUCAAUUAGCUGAAUUAACAUCAAUUGCAUGCUGGAAUAUUGAUAGACCAUUUACUUGGGAUAAUAUUGAAAUACUUGCAUUUGACGAAAUAACACUUCAGUAUGUAAGUGGCAUCAAAGUUAUUAAAAAUCAUGCAGGUGAUGAAGAGCUAUGGUUCAAUACAAAUCGUUUACAAAAAACAAUUAAUAAAAAUCGUAAAAUAAAUGAAAUCAACUUCAGAAUUAUAAAAGGUCAUGUUGAUGAUAUUAUUAGAGGCACCAAAUGUGAACCAAUAUGUGAAAAAUCUCAGUAUCCAGAUACAUCAUCUUGGCGACAAGUUUAAAUUUAAUUAAUUAUUAUUGAUGAUUUACACGACUUGAAUAUUUCAAGACAAAAAAAUAACAUGUAUAAAUUUUAUAAUUAAAAAAUAUUAACCGCAGGAUAUUUUUUUAUUCCUGGAAAAUUUAGUUGUUAAAAAAAUUGUAAAUUAAUUAUAAUUAAAUAAAUGAUUUAAUAAAUAUUUUACAUUAAAUAAAAUGUUUUUAUUUAAAAAAAAAAAAAAAUGGAUAUUAUUUAGAAUAAAAGAAAAUG